AUGUAUGCAUUCUAUGUGGAACAAGUCACAAACCCUGCCCCUAGAUCAAUUUAUGAGCGUGAGUUUAAAACACUCAACAUUUCAUUCAAAGGGCCAAAAGCAGAUACUUGUUACAAGUGUGAUGUACUUUCUAUGAAAAAAAGAGUAGCAAAGUCAAAAGAUGAGUUAAAGUCUAUACAAGAUGAGAAAACUAAACAUCAAGAUGAGGCAGAUUUGGUAUAUACUAAAAAGCGAGAGGACAAACAACGUGCUAAGGAGGACAACACCAUUAAAUGUUACGCAUUUGACCUCCAACAGUGCCUGCCAAUACCCUACUUAAAUACGUCGGUCGUAUUCUAUAAACGCCAACUGUGGACGUUCAACCUAACUUUUCAUGAAACGACAACAGGGGAUGUAACUUGCUUCAUGUGUCAUGAGGCCGAAGGUGGAAGAGGAGCCAACCAAAUCGCCACAUGUAUUUUUAAACAACUGUCAAGUUUACCACAACAAAUCAAAAAAGUCAUUUUAUAUUUAGAUUCAUGUGGGGGCCAAAACAGAAAUUCACAUGUCUCAGCAGCAAUGUUUUUAACGCUUUUACAGCAAUGUCCUCAGCUGGGACAAAUAUACCACAACUUUAUGGUCAGUGGUUAUAGCCACUUUGAAUGUGAUGUUGAUUAUGGGAUGAUAGAGAAACAAAAAAAACAUCUACAGAUGCAAAUUUUAGUAUUCCACGAUUGGUACCAGUUAGUACGAGCUAUUGGAAAAAAGAAAAAGUUUCAAGUGGUGGAAUUAAACCACAAAAAUUUCGUAAACUAUUCCGACCUAUAUAAAAGCCAUCUUAAACUAAAACAAAAAGAUAGCAGUGGUAACUCCUUCAAAUGGACAGAGCUGUGGUGGCUAAGGUACCGUCAAGGAUUUCCAAAAAAUAUUUUUUUAAGUCUUCACUAG